GGACUAUAAAUGGAGGAACAAACAACAUUUCUCACAACAUCAAAACACAGAUAUUUCAAUUAUUAAACAUGGCAGAGGUCGAAAUCGUAUCAACGUGCUUAGUUGGAGCUGCCGGUGCACCAACAAAAUCAAGAAUUGAGUUGACGCCAUGGGAUCUGCAACUCCUCCUGGUUGGCUCCAUCCAGAAAGGGCUCCUCUUCCCCAAACCCACCCCUCAACAACAAGAACAAAACCUCUUUAUCCACUCCACAUUAAUUGAUCGCCUGAAAACCUCUGUUUCCGCCGCCCUCGAUUUCUUUCCUCCUCUUGCCGGCCGUUUUGCCACGGACGACGAGGAUGAAGAGAAUAACACCUCUACCGUUUUUGUAGACUGCAAUAAUGCAGGUGUCGAGUUUGUAGAAGCCAAGGCCGCCGGCGUCACCAUCACGGCCAUUCUUGAUCCGUCCAACGACGGCGCUGCAAUGACAAUCACAUCUUUCUUUCCCCUUAACGGAAUCCGCAACUGCGACGGGAUCUGCAAGCCGCUGUUCGGAGUGCAAGUCACGGAGCUUCUCGACGGCUACUUCAUCGGCUGCACUUUGAACCACGCCCUCGCCGACGGAGCUUCCUUCUGGAACUUCUUCCGUUCUUGGUCGGAGUUUUCACGCGGUUGCCCUCAAAUCUCGGAACCUCCCGUCCUGGACCGCUGGUUCCCGGAAAACACCACCCGCCCUGUUCGUCUCCCUGUGGCUCUCAACAAAGAAAGGCUAUCUCUCGGGUGUAUGAAAACUCCGCCGGCAAAUGCAGAGCGGGUAUUCCGGCUGAGCAGAGAAGCCAUAGCCAAGCUCAAACAAAAGGUGAACUCUGAAUUGGGAAUGCCAAACAACAACUCCGUCUCCUCCCUGCAGGCAUACAUGGCCCACAUAUGGGUAUCGGUCACUCGCGCACGGGAACUCGACGGGAACGAAGAGGUUCAGCUCUGCAUUACCAUCGGAACCCGAUCGAGGGUCCCACUGCCGGAAGGGUACUGGGGAAACGCGCUUUACCUAAAGAUGGUGACGGCGAAAGCAGGGGAGCUCAUAGAGAAAGGAGGGGGCUGGGCAGCUCUGAAGAUGAAGGAAACUGUGGAGAAGCAGGGGCGUGAAGAAGUGAUGAAUGAGUAUGUGAGGUGGGUGCGAUCGCCGGCGUUUCUCGGCGAGGAGAAGAUUUACUUGGCUAGAAAUAAGCUGCUCAUAAGCAGCUCUCCCCGGUUCGACAUGUAUGGAACGGAUUUCGGGUGGGGGAAACCGGUGGCAGUGAGGAGCGGAAUGGGGAAUAAGUCCGACGGGAAAGUGACGCUUUUGGCUGGACCGGAAGAAGGGAGUGUGGAUAUAGAGCUAUGCAUUCUUCCCAAAACUUUAAUGGGACUGUGUAACGACCCAGAGUUCAUGGAGUAUGUCACUAUUCCGGGAUGUUAAUUAAUGGAUCAAAAUAUCAAAUUGUUGCUGGUAAUACCGUGGGAAUAAUGCUUUCUCCCAUUCCCACAUUCGGUUGUUAUUUGAUCAAUAAUGUUUUAUAGUAUGGUUUUUAUUUGGUACAAAUGUGUAGACAGUAGAGUUCAACUACUGGCUCUUGUAAAUUGUACUCCACAUAUCUCACUCCCAACUUGGAGAUAUCCACAUGUUCAUCUCAUCAGACCAACUACCACCACCUACGCCUACUCCUGGAUAGAGCCUUGUUCAGUUGUUCAUUGUUGAAGAUGGCGUGGAGCUCUCUAUCUAUCUUUCAAUGGCUGAAACAUGAGCCAAACUAUGUUCUACUUGAAGCAUAAUGUGAGAGUUAUGAGUAACAAUUUUAAUAUAAAAGAUACUUAAGGUGGUAGCAUGCAUUAUAUUAUGAUACAAUCAUCCAGGAUUCAAGAUCCUUCAACUAUAUACUUCGUAUAUCUUAU